UGAACACCAGAAACCCGCAUGAGAUAAGACAUGCACAGCAAGGAAGGACUAACCGCAGAAAACUUCAUAUAAAAGGCUGAAGAACGCUUCUGACAAAGACCAAGUACCUGCUGCUGAUCGAGUACGAUUAUUUGCUUUCUGUAGCAAAACUGACAGAUUUCAUUAUAUCUGCGAAGAGUUCGUUUUGUCACUAGUUUUUAUAAUGGAAGUGGUGAGUGGGAUUCUUUUAUUCUUGAUGGCUGUUGGAGUUUAUAUUGUUUGUUCGGUUUACCUGCUACGCAAUCCACUUAUACUUCAUAAGAAGAAACGGCUGGAAUUUUACUGCAGACACAUUUCACACAGAGGAGGGUGUGGAGAGAAGAUAGAAAGCACAAUAGAGGGAUUUACAAAUGCUGUUGACAUGGGGACUGAGAUGUUGGAGAUGGACUGUCACCUCACUCUUGAUGGAUAUGUUGUGGUUUCACACGAUGAAAACAUUUUGAGACAAACAGGAUAUGAUAAAACACUGUCAUCGCUUAGAUUUAAGGAUUUGCCUCUUUAUAAAGAGAAACUUGAAGUCACAUUUUAUGUUGGACACUACAGUUCAGGAAAGGACAGAAGGUUUGCAUUACUUGAAGAUGUCUUCAAAAAAUUUCCCAACAUGCCAAUGAUACUUGAAAUCAAAGAAGACAAUGGAUUGCUUAUUAAAAAGGUCUCUAGUCUUGUAAAACAGUAUGGAAGAGAUGGUAUUACAGUUUGGGCUUCUGAAGAAUCAAAAAUAAUGGAUAAAUGUCAAAAGGAGAACCCACACAUGCCCUACAUGUUUACUAUGUGGCGUGGAGCAGUGCUUUUAUUGCUCUUUUAUACCGGCCUCCUCCCCUUUGUGCCUCUGGGUGAAAGUCUACUGGUGUUCUACCUGCCCAGAAUUAUCAACAGGACUUAUAUUCCAGAGGAAGCCAUUCUUAAGAAAAGAUUUGUAGUGUAUUUACUUCAGAUGUUGACCAUGCGGAAAUCUUUGUUUGAGCACUUAGUCAAGAGGGGUAUACAGGUGCAGCUGUUUGUGUGCAAUGAGGAGAGUGACAUGGCAGCUGCGUUUUCAAUGGGAGCCACAGGUGUUAUGACUGACUAUCCCACCCGGCUAUCAAACUACUUGGAAAAACACCCUCCUCCUCUACCUCCUACUGUUUAUUAGACAUUUAAAAGCACACUAAACACUUUCUUAGCGUUUGAUAACUAAAUACAUUUACAGUACAUUUAAAAAGAUUUUUAUGAUGGCAAGUAGCACUUUUAGGUAACUGCAAUGUAACAUUUACAAAAUGAAGGUUAUACAAUAGAAGUGCAAUAUUAUCAUUUGUGAUGUACACAUGCAUAGCACCCUGUCUAAAACUGGAUGACAUCACACUACCUGCAGCGGAUCUCGAUCGCUUUCAGAGACGACUAAGCUAACCGCGUGACCCAGUUUUUCCAGCAGUUUCUCUUUGAAUACGGACAGGUAGCCUCUUUCACUGUUGCUGUGGUCACUGAGAAUCACACUCGUGCCUUUGGCAACAGCAUCUAGAACCUCAUGAUGGGACAUCUCACCUGAUCCAAAAGAAAGAAAAAAAAGAGUUGGAGGCAGUUACACAGUUUGAAAGGAUAGUUCACCCAAAAUGUUGUCAUUAUUUACUCACCCUCAUGUUGUUUGAACCCCCAGUGUCUUUAUUCUUUAGUAUUCAAAUGCAGUGUUUGUU